UUUUUAAUGACGAUAGCUGCUAUCGGUGGCGGUCCCACCGCUGUCCCGCUGCGCUCCUCCGCCUCCAUCCUCCCCCUGAUAGCCAUCUUAAGCCUGCUGUUCUUAUGGCUACUCGUUGCGGUAAACAGAACCGUUCAUGACCCCUACAUGGACGAGAUUUUCCACAUUCCUCAAGCCCAGAAAUACUGCGAAGGACGUUUUGAUGAAUGGGAUCCGAAGAUUACUACGUUCCCGGGUCUGUAUUUGGCAUCAACAUUGUACGCCAAAGCCGCUUUCACGCUCAAUGUGGGCGACUUCUGCUCCGUAGCAGUACUCCGUAGUGUGAACUUGUUGUUUGCAUUGGGGAAUGUCGUGCUGUGCGUGUUACUGAGACGCCACGUGGCACCGCAAGACCCCAACGCGCUGCUACAUGCACUGCGCAUUGCAGUGUUUCCACCGCUACUUUUCUUCGCUUUCCUGUUCUACACGGACGCAGGAGCGACGUUCUUUGUGCUACUGAUGGCAUUGCUGGCGGAGAGGGUGGAUCUGCUGCAAUAUCCUCCCGCGAGAGGGAGCUUUAUGCUCAGUUCCUUGAGUGGAGCAGUGGCGGUGCUUUUCCGCCAGACGAACAUCAUCUGGGUGGUAUUUGUGGCUGGUACCGUCGUGGUUCGCUGCGUUGAGCUUGCCCACUCGAAAUUCAUCUACGGAUCGUUGAAAGAGGACACGAGUGCUAGUGGCACUUCAUCCGUCACGCAUAGCUCUCUUCGGGUGUUUCUUAGCUUCAUCAGCGUCGUAAUUUCCAAUCUUCCGUCCAUUCUUCUUAUCGUCUGGCCCUUCGUCGUGAUUGUGGCGGGCUUUGUCGGCUUUCUGGUGGCGAAUGGUGGCAUCGUUGUUGGUAAGUUUGAAAGCAGAGCAAAUGUGAAUGUCCAUGCUACUAGUGGAUGGAUAUCGUUGACCUUCUUCUUGCUUAAUUGUGCAGGCGAUAAAUCCAACCACGAGGUGACAUUCCAUGGAGCCCAGGUGCUGUACUUCAUUGUAGUGGCAGCAUCGGGCUUCGGACUCAGCCUUAUCGCUCCUAACCAACUGAAGAGAUCCAUCGCGUCGCUCCGCCGGAACGCUGGGUCGUCUAGAGGUGUCGUCUUCAUGAUCUUCGCGGUUGUAGUGACUAUUGGAGUCAUCCAUCUUUUCAGCCCCGUGCACAAGUUCAUGCUGGCAGACAAUCGACAUUACACAUUCUACGUGUGGCGGAAGUUCUUCCUUAAGUAUGAUAUGGCCAAGUUUCUUCCUGCACCGCUAUACUUGUAUUUCGGCUGGCGCUGCUGGGAUGAACUAGGUAUGUUCGUGUAUGUUGUCACCUGAUGAUAAAGUGCAUUUACUACUGUAACGAUUUGUUUGUCUACAGGUCGGAGACGCUCACCGCUGUGGAAACUUGUCUACGCGCUUGCCGUGUGCUUGGUCCUCAUUCCAUCACCGCUUGUUGAGCCACGAUACUAUUGCGUUCCAUUCAUCCUCCUCCACUUGAACACGAGCAACCAAUCAGCCUUCCACUUGUGGAUAGUGACUGCGGUGUACAUGGUUGUCAAUAUGUUGACGCUGU